UUGGAUGAAGAAUAUGCAAAGAAAUCAAGAUUUGGGAGAACAGUUGUACAUGGUGUUUUGAUCAAUGGACUUAUUUCAGCUGUCCUAGGUACAAAAAUGCCUGGGCCUGGGUGUAUCUUCCUUUCUCAGGAAAUUAAUUUUCCAUCUCCUUUAUAUGUUGGAGAAGAAGUCUUGGCUUCAGCAGAAGUGAAGAAACUGAAGAGAUGUCUUGCUUAUAUUACAGUGUCAUGUACAGUUGUCCAAAGUGGCAAAAUUGUCAUGGAAGGUAUUGUUAAAGUUGUAGUGCCUGAAGAUUCCAAACCUGCGAUCUGAUUGUAUGGUGUAUCCUAUUGGCAGCUGAGGUUAUAACAAGAUGUCCUUUUAGCUAUAAUCAGCUAGUUACCUAACUCUGUGAGGAAUUUGAAACAGUUUAAUUCCAACAUUUUGAUGUUGGUCUCUGACUUAAAAGAUAGCUUUGCCUUUUCUCAGUGUGAGGGUUGUUAGGGAGAUAGAAUGAGAGUUUCAGAAGAAUGCUGAGAUAGAAAUCAGCAUUUAAAAUGCCUUGAGUUGCUUAAUUUGGAUUUAUAUAUUGGACAGAUUUAGGGCUUCUCAUGUUGAGUUUGACCAGUGACUACAUUAGCUCUACAUUUUUACCAAUAAAUAAUAAAUAAUAACUGUCAGCCAGGUGACAGUUUUAUACCUUAGGCAGUUGGUGCAAUCUAUCCUCCUAACAUUAACUAGAAGCACAUUGUAGAUCUGUCCCCUGCUUCCUCCCAUGUAGGUCAUUUAUAUAAAUAUGUUUGAUAUAAUCUGAUAAAUAAGAUUAAGAACUUAAUGUGAUUUCCUCAGAUUCUCUUCCUGAAAAAUUCAGUACAAGCCUGGUAUUCUCCUUAUACAAAGAAACACUUGACUUCUCUGGAAUGUUCUUAUUCUCAACUACAGUUUUAUCUCUGUUUUGUAUUAACUUUCCUAAGUGAUGAUAAAAGAAACUUGUAUUGUUGCUCU